AUGGCCGACUCUCUAGUACACAUCACCUCCAAGGCGCAAUUCGACGAGCUUCUCAGCAGCUCCCGCAUCGUCGUCGCCGAUUUUUACGCCGACUGGUGCGGACCCUGCAAGCAAAUCGCACCCCUCUACGCAAGCCUCGCCGAGCAGAUCUCGCGCCCUAACCUCCUCACCUUUGUCAAGAUUGACAACGACACGAACCAAGACCUCGCACAAGAAUAUGGUGUCACGGCGCUGCCCACGUUCCUCCUCUUUCGAAGCGGCAAGGUCAUCCACAAAGUCCAAGGUGCAAACCCGACCGAGCUCAAGGCCGUUAUAGAGAAGCUGGCCUCUGAGUUGGAGUCGCUGGCAGAGGGCUCAGGAAGCGGCGGCAUCUGGAAGGGUGCCGAGAUCCCCAGAGGCUACAGCGAUGUCACAGACCAGGUGGAGCUCAGAGGCUGUGAGCUGUUGAAUGCCGAUGACGAUGCAGGCCCUGUCAAGGUUCUCUUUGAGAGCUCGAAGCCCAGUGCUUUGGGCCAGGGCGCAUCGGCUUCCAAAGACUGGGUGCAGAGCGGAUCCGAUGACCAGCUUCUUCUCUUUAUCCCGUUCCAGUCUACAAUCAAGCUCCAUACACUACAGAUCACUUCCUUCCCCCCCGAGGGUAACAGCGAUGUGUCACGCCCCAGCGUCCUCCAUCUCUUCAUUAACCGCACAUCCAACAUGGACUUUGGUGAGGCAGAGGAUGCAGAGCCCACUCAAGCCAUUACACUGGAGCCCCAAGAUUGGAACUCGGAUGGCACAGCAAGCAUCGGCCUGCGAUUUGUCAAGUUCCAAAAGACAACCACCCUCACCAUUUUUGUGCAGAAGGGCGACGGCGAGGCGGAGACUGUCCGAAUUGACCGUAUCAAGCUCAUUGGAGAGGCUGGUGCAAAGAGGGACAUGGGCAAGUUGCAAAAAAUGGACGAUGAAGAGUGA